UCGGCUCCUCCCGUCGCCGCCGCGCAACUGCUGGCUCUGGGAGGCCAGAUCGGGCCAGCGGGAAGGCGCCAUGGCGCUUCUGGAGCCGCCGCUAAGCGGAGCGCAGCUGAAGCGCCUGGAACAGCACAGCUACAGCGCGUCCGGGCGCUCGCUGCUGGAGCCGCCGCUGCAGCAUUACUGGGUUUGGCUGGUGGAGCGCACGCCGCUCUGGCUGGCCCCCAACGCCAUCACGCUCGCCGGCCUGGUCUUUACCCUCGUCCCUUCGCUGAUUCUUAUAUACUACUGCCCUACCGCCACCGAGGAGGCUCCUCCUUGGGUGUUCCUCUUUUGUGCAUUAGGAAUCUUUAUUUACCAGUCUCUGGAUGCGAUCGAUGGAAAGCAAGCCAGAAGAACAAAUAGUAGUUCUCCAUUGGGAGAAUUGUUUGACCAUGGCUGUGAUUCUAUUUCAACAGUAUUCGUUGGUGUUGCAGCCUGUAUUGCAGUUCGCUUGGGAACAAAUCCAGACUGGCUCUUUUUCUGUUCCUUUACUGGGAUAUUCCUGUUUUACUGUGCUCACUGGCAAACCUAUGUCUCGGGCAUGCUCAGAUUUGGCAAAUUUGAUGUGACUGAAUCUGAAAUAGCGAUAAUGAUGAUGCUUUUGUUAUCCUCAUUUGGUGGAACAAGAAUAUGGGACACAAAGAUCCCUCUGCUCGAACUAGAGCUGAAGACAUUACCUAUUGUCGUCGUAGUGUGUGGGACAGUAUUUUCAAGUUAUAAUUAUUUCCGAGUAAUCCUUGGAGGAGGUGUGGGGAAGAAUGGAUCCACAAUAGCAGGAACAAGUGUUUUAUCUCCAGGCCUCCACAUUGGUCUAAUUAUUACUUUGGCAAUAAUGAUCUACAAAAAAUCCCCAACUCAACUGUUUGAAAACCAUCCUUGUCUGUAUGCCUUAACUUUUGGAUUUGUGUGCGCAAAAAUUACACAAAAAUUGGUGGUAGCACACAUGACAAAAAGUGAGAUCUUACUUCAAGACACAGCAUUCAUUGGGCCAGGCCUCUUAUUUCUAAACCAGUACUUCAGUUGUUUUAUUGAUGAAUAUAUUGUUUUAUGGAUAGCAUUGUUCAUCUCGUCGUUUGAUUUGCUGAGAUACUUUACUGGAAUAUGCAUACAGAUUGCUGAUCACCUUCACAUACAAGUCUUCAAGCUCUCCCCUCCUCAACCUCUUGAACAGGUACAAGUUGUUUCUCCAUUGAACCAUCAGUAUAACAUGGACUGAAGAGAUUUGCGAACAGUUGCCAUCUCUUGCUGUUGCUGUUAUGAGAAAGAAAGAAAAAUAUAUUGAUCAAAUGCAACAUUUUGUACUCUUAGCUGGUGAAUUAUAAACAAUGUUUAUUUUUUCUAUUUAAGUUGUGGAAGUUUUCAUAAAUCAGUAUUAAUA